AUGGCUUCCAUUUCGACUCUCCAAGUCCUUCCCUUUCCGCUCUCACAUUUGGUCUCAAAGCAUCGAACCCCUUCCCUCCUGCUGAAGCUUAGACCCGAAUUCGGGUCAAGAAAUGGUGAGCUCAGCUGGGCUGGACGAUUAAUAUCCAGUCAGAGGUUUCUAUUGAGAGCCAUUGACGGCUCGGUUAGCUCCUCUGCUGGUCAAGACCAGAGUCUCCGUAAUGAUGGGGUAGUGAAGAGUAAGAACAAAAAUGGCAUAAAUCUCAAAGACACUGUUGGCGAAUUGCACGGAAUUAUCAGCUCCUUCUCUCCCGUCGUCUACUCGAUGCGGCAAAGAGUGGGAUCCAAUUUGGCAAUUGGUUUAUGUAUUGUAGCUGCAUUUUUGGUCAUUGCUUUGAGAGUGUAUGCGGUGAGGAAAUCAAAGUACAAUCGUCCUGGCUCUGUAGCUGAUCUUGUUAGACGUGGCCAGCUUAGAUCUGAUAGAAGAGGCAUUUCACAGCCUCUCAAGUAUGAUGACCCAUUCAAUAAUCCAUUGGUUAAGGUUGGUAAAGGCAAUUCAACUGUAGAGAUGUGUGGAAAGGUUUAUCGCCUAGCCCCAGUUACCCUUACAGAAGAGCAGCAAGCUGUCCAUCAGAAAAGGAGAUCGCGGGCUUACAAGUGGAAGAGACCGACAAUAUUCCUAAAGGAAGGGGAAUCAAUACCUCCUGAUGUUGACCCUGAUACGGUUAGGUGGAUUCCUGCCAAUCAUCCUUUUGCAACCACUGCCGGUGACAUUGAUGAAGACUUAGCACAAAACAAUGUGUAUCAGAAACGUGGUGUUCCCUUUCGAAUUCAGGCUGAGCAUGAAGCACUGCAGAGGGAGCAAAAGCUGAACAGGCUAGUGAUGGACUCUAGCAAUGAUAGUGAUUUUGUGAAAGCAUUCAAGUCGGGUCCCAAGUCACCUGAGCAUGGAGAAGAAAGCCCCAUCAAUAAUCAAGCUGGUAACUCCAAGCCGCUGUUGUCAGAAUGUGGCCCAAAUUCCUUUGGAAUUAUGUCGCCCUCUGAGGAAACACAUGAUUGA